AUGAAGUCGUUUGAACUCUUGCUCGCUUUUGUGUUGCUCGUUACCCAGACGACGCCAUUUGUCGGUGCCGUCAAGCCUGAUACGAGCUGGGAAAAGAAAUUGUGGUAUGGUCCCGUCAAGGUGCCCACGAACCUCCGCAAGUGCGAGGUACCGCAUGCGUCGGAUAGUGCAGACGACUCGGCGGCGAUUGUGCAAGUGUUCCAGCAAUGUAAUAGGAAUUCGGAGAUUGUCUUCAAAAAGGGUGUCAAGUAUAACGCCUGGAAUCCUAUGAACUGGGGCAAUCUCUCGAGCGUUGUGAUCACUUUGGACGGUAGCAUUCAUUUGCCGAACAAUAUCACCGACAUUCAAAGCAAGGUGACCACAAACCCGAACCCACCUAGCGGUGGAAGCGGCGACAGCUACGAUGUCGGUGCAUUCCACGGCUACGGACAGCAAUGGUGGAACGUCAACAUCAGGACCAAGCGACCCCAGUUGGCGACCUUUAACGUGACCAACGGAUCCAUCGCCAAGAUCAAGGUCAUCAAGCCUGUCGCCUGGGGCUUCAACAUUCCCGGAACCAACAUCACCAUCAAGGACCACUUUGUCGAUGCCGCUCCUACAAACGGCACCCGCGACUUGACUCCCUCUUUCCCCUUCAACACUGAUGGCUUCAACAUGGGUGGCAAGAAUAUCAGCUUGGACGGCUACUAUGGCCAUAACGGUGACGACUGUGUGUCUAUCGUGAACGGUGCCAAGGGUGUCGUGGCCAAGAAUGGUUUCUGUGGCUUCUCGAGUCACGGAUUGUCCAUUGGUUCGUUGGGCAGGAACGGCUCUAAUCACCAGGUCUCGAACGUUUUGUUCCAAGACUGGACUAUGGAUGAGGCUGUUUACGGUGCUAGGUUCAAAUCGUGGACGGGAGGAAACGGAUUGGCCGAAAAUAUUACCUGGAGGAACAUUCACGUUAACAAUGUCUCUACCCCCAUCUUUGUCACUCAAAACUACUAUGACCAAGAUUUCGGACGACCAAACAACACUGCCAAUACUAGCACACACGUGAACAACAUGCUCUUUGAAAACUUUUGGGGAACGAUUGGUCCCAACCCGACCGACGGUACUUGCAUCUCGAACCCAUGCUGGAAUUACGUCGCGGGCGCCAAUGGCACACAAGCCAUCAUCUUUGACCUGUACAAUGGCACGGCUACCAACUUGCACGCCCACAACAUCCAGACCAAGCCCAUUGGCAAGCAGUACAAGGACACGACCGUCAUUUGCGAUCCUGCGACCCUUGCACCGGGUGAGCAGGAUGGACUCGGGUUCUUGUGCCAGAACGGUCCCUUCAAGGCCACCUCGAUCAAGCGAUGA